UAGGUUUGGGGAACCGGGAUUUUUCUUAGAUUUUAAACCUUUAUAUCAGUUAAAAUUAUUGAAAAAGGAAGAUUUUAAUAACACUUAGGGAUUAAUCCAACAUUUGGCUCUUCAGUGAGAGUUUGGUGUGAAAUUUCAAAGCUUAAAAGGCUAGCAAAAGGGGGUUGCUUUCACUAAACAAUCCAGACGAACCCGCGAAGAUUCGACAUGGACACCGAAGUGAUCGACGCCAGGUCAGUCAGCAAAUUAUCCCAAUCAGCUGAUAAUAGUCCAGUUCCAAGUCCAGGAAGACCAGACAGUACAGAUGGUUCUAAGUCCACAUUUUCAAAAGGAAGAAAACGCAAGAAAGCAUAUAAAGAUACUAAUGCACCCAAGGCUCCUUUGACAGGAUAUGUGAGAUUUUUGAAUGAACAUCGUGAGAAAGCAAGGAAUGAGAACCCUGAUUUGCCUUUCCAUGAGGUGACAAAAAUCCUGGGAAACAUGUGGACGCAGUUGCCAGCACCUCAAAAACAGUUGUAUUUGGAAGAAGCUGAGAAAGACAAAGAGAGAUACAUGAAAGAGCUUGAAGAAUACCAACAAACAGAUGCAUACAAGGCUUUUAUGUCCAAACAGAAAGCUUUGAGAAGAGAAGCUGAUGGUGUCAAUGGAACAGCUGAAUCACAGGCUGUUAAUGAUGAAUCUGAUAAUUUGCUGUGUAAACCAUGUAAUAUGUUCUUUAAUUCACCACACAACAAACGCGAACACUUGAUGGGGAAGAAACACAAUAUGAUUCUCAUGGAAGCUGCAGAGAAAGAAAAACAAGAAGUUAAGGACAAAAGUGCUCCUGUUACUGUUAAAAGUGAGGUUCAAGAAACACCAGAAGAAGCAUUUCCAGUUGAUGGUGAUAUCCCAAUAUUUACAGAAGAAUUUCUAAACUAUAAUAAAGUCCGUGAAAAUGAACUAAGAAGACUGCGAAAGACAAACACAGAGUUUGAAGAGCAGAAUGCUAUUCUCAGCAAACACAUUGAAAACAUGAAAAAGGGUAUUGAAAAACUGGAAAAUGAAGCAGGCGAACAACAAAAAGAAAUAACCUUAUUAGAAAAAAAUCUUCAGAAGCUGCGACAAGUGUUAAGGAACAAGUUAUCUGAAUUAAGUAUUGCAGGCAUCGAUGAACCCAUCAGCACUGAUUCGUCCGUCGACAAAUUCGUCAGCAGACUACAUCGCUUCAUACAGGAUGAUCCUAAAGAGAAUGCAGAACUGGUUACUAAAAUCAAGGGAAUUAUUUCAUCAAUUGAUUAUCCAAAUUUCCUAAAAGAUGUUGAAAGCUGACGUCAAGGAAGCCACCAUUCACCCAUUCAAGAUAAAUCCAUUCUAGCACAGUGUGCAGGUUCCCCUGGAUCAUAAAUGUUAUAAAAAAAAAUUUGUAUGACUCUCUGAUGCAGUUUAUAAAAAGAAUUCAUAGUUAAUAUGUACUAAUUUUUCAAUUCUAAACGUAUUUUGGUAAACGAAAUCACUAUUGUUUGCAUGAAACACUGUAGUUACAAUAUUAUAAUAAUAUUUAUAGUAGUUUUUUUCAACUCUCACUUGUUGGUACAAUAAUAGCCUUGUUUGGUACAGCAGUCUGAAGUAUUUUACAUUAGAACGACUACAUUUUUAGUAGUGAAAAUAUUGAAAAUGAUGGAAAAAAUUGUGGCUACUAUCAUGUGUGGAAAACCUCCAUGGAUAUAGGAAAGUCAUUGCCCUUAUGUACACAAUGUUAUAUUAAAAUGAUUAUAUCAUAAUUUCUUAAUAUCAAACUCAAUUGGUAUCUGAAGAACGUAUCAGCAAAUAAAAUUUAGGGAUUGAUACUUCAAAGAUGUUUUUAGAGAAAACAGUCCACUUCAUUUAUUUAUAGUUAAUGUUUAUAUACACUCAAAUAAUGUUGAAAGUGCUGUACAUUUUCAAGAGAAUAAUAAGUUUAUCUUGAUAGUACUGGUCACACUUUCCUGUGCCAUUUUGCAACUUGUGGCCUGGCUUUUCAUUGAAGAGAGAACUGCGAGUCAUAGUAGUUGGAUUUUUUCACGUCUACAUGUAAAACAUAGGCUAAUAUUGUUCUCAUGUUGUCACAAGCUUUUUGGUCAUAUCUCUUUGAUAAGGAGGCCAUAAGAGCGUGAAUAUUAACCCAGUUUUUUCGCAUGUGGAAGUUCAUGUUCAUGUUCAUAGUUAUAACAACAAAUAACUUGAUUAUUGUAUUAAUUUAUAGAUCAUUCAUAAAUCAUUCAAACAAAGAUGUUUUGAUCUCUUGUUGAACAAUCCAUUAUAAUAAUAUGUCUGAUUUAGUUCUAUUUAAUGGUAUUUGCGUUGAAAAGCAUUCUGUAUUGAUGAUUUGGUAUGAUGUACAUGAUCAAACAGAGUAUUAAUUAAAAGAGUGCACGGAUUGGCUUUCAAGAAUACAGAGAAAAAGCACCUGUGAAAUUGUACUGCUAGUAUGUUGCUACUAUUUUGUCCAAUGUGUUAGUAAAGUGAACUCAAUGGUGCUCUGCAUCAUAUUCAGUGCAAAAUCGUGCUAUUUAGAUUUUGUACAAUUUCACAGAUGAAGUGCAUUCAUUCUCAAAAAAGUUGAUUAACUGGCUUGCCUUCCUAAGCGACCAAUUAAAACUAGUGAUACUGCACAUGUAGUCAGUUGAAGAUUGCUGUCAAUCAACCAAAGUGCUUUGGUCUUUCUGCUGGUUGGUUAAACAAUGCGAAUGGUUUUGAUUGAUAUCUAAUGACUACACAUUUGUGGAUUUUGAUGGAAGCUUAGCAAAGCAAAGAACAUCGAUUAUGUCCCAUUUCAGGUUGUUUUGAAUAAAGUUCAUUGAUUGAGUUGGAAUGCAUUCAAUUAGAAAGAGAAUGUUUCAGGAAAUACCAUCAGAUAUAUAUCCAUUUGUACAUUUUAUAGUAUUUGAUUGUCAAAAAUUAAUAGAUGAUAGAUAGCAGAAUGAUUAGAUCCAUAAUAUUGUUUUUGCAUUCAUCAAUAAACUUCAAUAUUGAAAACUAGAA